AUGUCACGCAACACGAAGGAGUUCAACGAGCUCGCGGACAAAUUCAGCAAGGUGUAUGAGAAGCAGAGGGUGGAUCUUGAGCAGUGCCUGCAGUCGCGCGUGAACGACGACAUCAAUUUCGUCUGCCAGAAGCAGAAGGGGGCGUACUUGGAGGGCAUCGCGCAGAUAUUCUGCAAGAAGGAGUACGACGCCGGCGUCAAGUGCCAAAAGGCGGCGGGGGAGCGGUGGUCGACAGACUGUUUCAAGGAGAAUGUAGCGUUUGGCCAGUGCACCGACACUGUGCUGAAGAAGCUGUACAUUUACAAUAUAGAGAGGAAUAAGAAGAACCCUGCAGCGAAUUAG